AUGCCGCGGGAAACGGCGAGCUGUUGGACGUGCCGACUACGCCACAAGAAGUGCGACGAGUCCAUGCCGGUGUGCAACGUCUGCGCCGCGCUCGAAAUUACCUGCUACCCCAACCAACCCACGCCCGACUGGAUAGAUGGCGGGACAAGACAGCAGGCGAUGGCGGACCAGUUGAAGACGGAGGUCACGAGGAGCGCCAAGCUUCGGAGGGCGAGGAGAAUUGUUCAGCGAAUCGUCGGGAGCACGCAGGAUAUCCCCAGCGAUAUGUUUCCGCCUAGUCUGUCCGUGGCCGUAUCCCGGGAAAUUCCUUCGCGGCCCAUAACAGCAACCAUCAGCAACGAAACCGAGAACCCGGCUCGAAACAAAACGACUUCUAGACGGAGAUCCGGCACUGAACCGUUGCCCGGCACACCGACCGAUAGGUGGUCGCUUGUACCGAAGCAACCGGAAACGGAGAGUGCUUCUCCGUCAGCAACAACACUGCCCACCGAGGUGGAGCAAGCUUUCAUCAUGUCUUAUCUCGACUAUAUGUUCCCGGCGCUAUUUCCGUUCUACAAUCCGUCCACGCUCGAGGGUGGCCGUAGUUGGGUGCUCGUCCUCACGCUAGCAAACAAAUCCCUUUCCCACGCCGCCACGAGCCUCUCAUCCCAUUUCUUCGCCGUCGUCCCCGUGCAACGCCGCAAGGAGAGACCCGCAUGUGUGUCUCUGGUAGAGCAGGAGCUUUACAGCCAGACGUCGACGGCUAUGCGGAAGGCCCAGCAGGACGUCAAAGAGGUCACGAGACGUGGGGUCCACGGCGACUUGAUCACGAGCGUGCGCUUGGUUGACAGCGUUGUCCAUUUGUUGUUCCUGGAGGUCUCCUUGGGCAACAGCGAGAAUUGGAUAAUUCAUCUAGAUGCUGGCGUCAACUUGCUUGAAGACAUCCUCGACAAACAAGCCAUCGAGCUCGGGUCUUCAAAGUGGACAUCGGUCUGCAAAGAAGUCGGGCGGCUUGCCUACCCCAGCUUGGAAAGCCCUCCGCUGUGGCCUGUGUGGACCGUCGACCAGGCCGCAUUCCGAUUCUCCGUAGCUGCCCUUGUUAUGCAGGAUCUGAUGGCCAGCAUGUCACUCAGCCGGACACCGCGUCUACGCGUUUACUAUGACGGCAUCCUCGCUGAUGAAACUGUGCCAGAGGAGAGCCCUGACCGAGAUUGCCGGCUCCGCCUGCAGUCUUUCAUCGGCUGUCAAAACUGGGCCGUAGUGUUGAUCGCCGAUGUUGUCGUGCUUGAUGCGUGGAAGAGGGACAUGCAUGACAGAGGAAUGCUAUCUAACCUCGAGCUGUUCAAGCGCGGCGCAGAGCUUGAAACCAGAUUCCGUGAUGGGCUUGCUCGGGUUUCCGCAUCCGGGCCAAAGACGCGCGAUCACAGGCCGCCCUGGCUCGCCGACCCAGACCGCGCUGAAGAAGAGGCCAAGGCAUGCGUGGUGGUGACGCAGAUCUGGGCACAGGCUGGCUUAGUAUACCUCCACGUUGUUCUCUCAGGCUGGCAACCAGCAAAUCUAGAGAUCUCCGAGUCGAUUGACCAAAUCAUCGGCCUGAUGAACAAGCUUGCCAAAGCAAAAUGGGUUCACACACUUGCUUGGCCACUCUGCGUAACCGGAUGUCUGGCAAAGAGGGAACAGGAGACGACGGUCCAGAGAAUGUUCGAUCUCAUGGGCGACUUCGCAAUGUUUGGCUCGACGCGUCUGGCACGGGAAGUCGUAGAGACCGUAUGGGAGCACAGGAAACACAUAACAACCGAGAACUGGGAUUUUGCCGCAUGUCUGAAAAUCUUGGGUCGUCGGGUGUUGCUCGGAUAG